UUUUGAAACUCAGAACUCUCUUGUGCAAUUGUUUGCAUCACAUCAUACUUACAUUGUAGAGUUAUUGUAUUGGCACGACCUUACUCAUUGACCUAUGGUUUGGCAGUGUCUGUUAUCAGUCUUUCGCUGAGCACAUCGGUCACGGAAAACUUACGACCCGCCAGCCAGAACCAGGCUUGCUUGCACGCCUUAGACAAAUGUCCUAAGGGAGUUCUCACUCUCAGUUCUGAACAACAAAUACUAUACAAGAGCACACAUAGCCGAUUCCUGACGCACGCCUGCUGCUGCCGUUACCCCGUGUCUCUCUUGGAAAUGUGGCGGUGGCAUGCAGAGCGGGGCCAAGCGUAACCGCCUGCGCUUGCUAAAGAGGAAACGCGAAGAGCUAGAACAGAGUGGAUCAGCGGAUUCCUUGCUGCUGACCAUUCCUGAGUCGCCACCGAAACGCCAGGAGCGUAGUCGAUCUACUCAGCAGUUUGGCAUUGUUGUCAGUGACGAGAGCAGUGGAGAGGACACGACUGGCCGCGAGCAAAGUCAUCGCCAUACGCACAGGAGUGACGAGCGGGAUAAGUACAAGAGUGGUGGUGACUCCACAGGCCAGCACAAUGAGCCAUUUCAUUUGCCACCACCUGGACAGUGGAUGUAUGCACAGCCAGCGGAGUCCUCCGUGGCCAGCGCAGCCUCUAUGCCCACCAUGCGUCAGUCUAGUGUCGGUGAUAGCGUGCCAUGUGCCGGGUGUAACGUGACACCACGCCAAACGAGACCCCUACAUUCACGUCCACGUAGGAAGGGUGUCGCAGAAAUGCCACAAACUCCAGUAUCCGAAGCUCAAGUGACGGACACGAUCAAGACGGAAGCCGCUAGCUGGCAGCAUUCGAGCGUCCUCUCAUCUUUACUGUCUUCUUCUCCGGCGUUAAGCCUGGGCAAUGCGGCGGGUCGCAAACGCGGCGCGAUUUCAUCUCGCUGUUUGCCCGAUCCUGGUGCCAUGGAGUCGACAUCACCAUCCGUCACCGUUCCUCGUUCAUAUGGCGUGACAUCAUCAAACACUGCAGGUCAGCGGUUUGGAGAAUUAUUGUCACGAAAUAUUCAUCCCACUCAUGGUUCGAUAUUUCAGCAGCCACUAAGCUCAACGACGCAUUCCGUGGCGCCAUUGUUGCAGGCGUCAUCCAAGCUACAAUCGCGCAUGGUUGACUUCCUCGGCACGCAAGCUGAUCGUCACGUGGCCGUCGCAGAGGGACAAGCACCGGAACAGGGUGCCACGUGUUCGCCACCCACCGAACGGAUUCACCGUGCUGCUGCCAACCUGCUGGAACGAGUCGACGGUAGUCGUAAGGAGAUCGCCGCGUCGUCACGGGCACGUCUUCACACGCCUGCUCCCACCGUGUCAGUCAGCACAGCCGAGGCGACGGCGCGCGUGAAGCGAACAAUGGAUGCACCGCCCGAAGAGCGCGGAGUGCCGGCAAGGAGGUCGCCGUCUUGCGAGCCUGUCCGUGCGACACUGUUGUCUGACGUCCAACAGCACAGUUCUCCCGCCACAGCUCGACCAAGAGGAGUGCACCAGCCAAGACCACUCAGUCCCUACACAUCUGCUGAUGCUUCUUCUACCACUACUACCACUACACAUCGUGGCAGUCAGAUAUCCGCAACCCAAGGUCGUCGUGUCGGUGCGGUCAAUCCUGUGGAUAUGGAAGUGCACUCGUCGCGUACAAGACCUUCUGGAAACGUGCCACCGUCAAGGUCUUGCACGCCAGGUGACCGGUGGCCAUCGCUAGGUGCCGCUGCCACUGGAAUGACAAAUGCAGCAACGAUGACUGGUCGACGUCCUCGCCACCAGAACACCGACACCACAGACAAUACCGUCAUCACUACAGGAGCCUGGAUGCCAAAGGGAGUGGUGGAGUCAGCCAAGCCGUAUCGGCAGCAGCAUCAACCAUCGGCCACCAGCAGCAGCACUACAGCCCUGCUCUCAGAGCUGGACUCAACCAAGCCAUACCGGCAGCAGCAACACCACCAGCAGCAGUCGGCCACCACCAGCACCAAUAUCACUGCAGUAGCCAAGCUCACAGAAUGCCAGCACGGCACAUCGUCGACCGUGUCGAUCACCUCUGGUGCUCCGCCAUCGCCGUCGCCAACUCUCCAUGCACCUGCCGACGACGGUGAUGUGACUAGGUCGAUGCGUUCGCUCACCACCACCACCACCGCCACGCCUGUCCAGAACCACCGUACCCUGGAGCGUUCUUCAGUCAGCACGGCUUCCCGCCACCAUGGGCGUGCAGAAUCACCUCGUUUCCACAAACCACUGGCUUCUGACAAGGACAAGCAAGAACAGCAGACUCUGAAAGCACAGUUUAGCCGACCAGGACAAUCCGAGAGCUUCCGUUCGAAGCAGAGCGAAGCUAUUCCAGCCGCACGGCACCCCUCACACAGCAGCACAGCUGUUGCAAACGCUCGAGAUCGCCUCGACCCCACUCAUCGCUUGAUUACCAGUGAGAUGUCACGUGACAGCCGGUCUAUUGAUGUCAUCGACAUACCUGAUGACAUUGACAUACCCGAUGACAUCAUGGAUGACAUCGACAUACCUGAUGACAUCAUGGAUGAUAUUGUCAGUGAUGUAAUGCCAGGCAUCUCCAGCGAUCACUUGACUGCUGAUCGGUCGGUGACUGCCUCGACCGGCAGCGGGAACACGAGAGCGGAAAGGGUGGUGUCCUCGUCAUCGCUACAUCACACACGGCCAUUCGCCGGUAGCAUCUCUGCUUCUGGAUCGGCGUUGCUUUCCGAGCGUCACGCCUCACGCGCGUCUACUUCUAGCGAAUACUCGUUUCGCCGUCCUAGCCAUGGCUUGAAAGCGCAGAGUAACACAUUAGUUUAUGGCUCUGGUGCAGAGAAUCCCGACUGUCCUGGUGGUGUAUCAGCCCCCACUGCACGCACUAACUCCAUCGCAUCCACAUCGCAUGCCGUGCCAUCAACAGCUGCUCUGCCACCACGGUCCUCUGUGGCCAUGUUCGCCAUGGAAACGGAGUUUGACGACGACGGUAGCUGUGAGGAAGACGAGCGGCUCGCGUUGGCCGCGGUGGACGCGGCCGAGAGAGACAUGGAGUUGUCUUCGCGUCCGCCUGCUGAACGCUCGGCAGGGCGAAGCGUGCAAAGCCAGGCAGCUACGCAGCCACGCCAAUACACAGUGGGUAGCGCUGGGCGGUCGAGCGCUGCGUCCUCGGCUCUGCAAAAGCAACAGCUAGCUCAGCAGCAUCAACGGCAGGCAAAACCAAACCCUGCUACGUGUCCGCAGACGACGAGUGCUUCUCCAUGGCAGCAGCAAUCGAGCAGCGUCGCCCGCGAAAGACGCGAUCAUCCGUCUAGCUCUGUAGAUAAAGUCUUGAAACCAACAGCUUCCUCUGCGUACAAGGCUGCCAUGACAACUGCAAGUCAUCGGCGUGACAACCGUUCCGGAGCAGGCGCACAGAAGGCGGACGGCGACAGAGUGGCGGCAUACAUGUCAUCCACUGGAGCGCUUGCUCACGGUUCGUCUACCCGCGCCCUGCCACCGCAGCUGGUAUCGCGCCUACCCACCACUGCUGCUGCUGCGUCGUCGGACUCCUACACCAGAAAGGCCGAUGGAGGACAAGGCACAGGCACCAGCAGCCGCUACAGCACCACGUUUACAUCACCGGCCUCAUCAACAUCAGCAGCAGCCACAACAGCAGCGGCUGCAGCCAGCCCAAAACACCGGCAGGUUGGACAGCAGAUACAGCCGAACACUCAAUCGCACCAAUCCACCAAACAGCAACAACAGCAUCGUAACCUACCACAACGCCAGUACACGCAACAGCCACACCAGGAACGGCAGCAACUCAACCACCAGCCGCACCAGCAACUCAAACAGAUGACGCAGCAGCAGCAUCGCCCACAGCCUGGGCAACCAGAGCCACCCAGACGUCACCAGUUCGGUCAGCAACCACCUGAGCUCCAAAAGCCUCGGCAGCAACAACAACAGCAGCAACAGCAGAAGCAUCAGCGACAACAGCAGCAGCAACGAUUGCAGCAGCAGCAGCGCCAUGGGCUUGGCGGUGCACGGGAUCUUGUUUCGGACUGUCCCCUGUGUGGAAUUCACUUCAAAACCUGGCAAACUGAGCGUGCACGCAAUGAGCACAUAGCGGAGUGUUGCGGUGGCCUGGGAGACGCUUUCUGAGCAUGAACAAGAAAACACGGUGCUUGACUCACGACUCCAUACUCACUCGGUCGGCUCGUGAAAAGGACAUCAUACCAAGGAAGGGCACAGCUCACACGGUGCUUGACUCACGACUCCAUACUCACUCGAUCGGCUUGUGAAAAGGACAUCAUACCAAGGAAUGGCACAGCUCACACGGAGACCACGUGCACAGUGACCUCGCACAGCGGGCAUUCGCACAGCGACCUCGCACAGCGACCUCGUACAGCGACCUGGCACAGUGGCCACUCGCUGCAGCAUUGGACAUGUAAUGCGCAUGACGUCAUUCUGGUUGUAUCACCGUCUGGACAGAUUCCAGGGUUGCGUAAACAUCAUGUUGAUCAAGCUCGCGUCCACGUGUGUGUGUGUAUGUACGUGUGUGUAUGCGCCUGCCAGUGCAGUGUCGGUUUCACCCUGUUACAGAUGUGUCACGGGUUUAGUACAGAGGGCACACAUGCAUACCCCUCACCCAGGUUCACUCACCGUUCCGUCGGUUGUGAAGGCUCACUGCUAGCCAUGAGUCGAUGAUCUGCUUUUUUAGUUGUAACUGUGUGUGAUAAAUAUUUGCCUGUAGUUUGCACGGCAUGCCCUAACUAUGCGUGCUUGUGCCAUUGAAACCGAGACCUUUGGUCGGUGGAGCCCCUGGCACCUCGCCAUCACUGCUGCCCAGUGCAGGCCCUACUCAGUAGCUGUUUGUUUUUGUCCGCAUAAUUAUUUAUUUUACGAGUUGGGUUUGUGAAUACCGUAUUUUACCGGUUGUAAGUCGACCCCGGUUAUAGGUCGACCCCCGUAUCCGGAGGUCUCAAUUCUGCGUUUCAAAGUUUUCACCCAAAGAAGCACUACUAACCACUCCCUGCUAUUAACACAACAACAAAUCAUGUAAACAUUCCAUAUUGGAGGUUAUGACAUCCCAAUCUUUGAAAAGGCCAAUAAACUGGAAAAAAUGUGUACACAUAGUGCACUCGUGCAUGCUGUGCAGGUCAUUUUUUGUAAGAUUCUGAUAGUUCCCGGUUAUAAGUCGAAUCCUGGUUGUAAGUCGACCCCCACCCUUUUUCCUUCUAUUUUAAGUCGUGAACGGUCGACUUACAACCGGAAAAAUACGGUAAUAGUAAAAACAAACAUGGAUAAAUUGGUAGUGCUAUCAUCCAUGGGGCCACGGCAGCAGCUACGUUGACCUCAUCUUAACCUCUCUGCCGCAGAUUUAGUCUUUCUUGUACAGGGCAGGCGCAUGCACUUUUUUUCCAGUAGGAAUUCUAUGUAUUGUU